AGGGGAUUCCCAGCCACCCCGCAGCAACCGCGCAACUCGCCCAGCCUCCGACUUUCAGCUCCUCUGUAACCUCAUCUCACAGUCAUUUCUCAUCGGCUUUUUAUUUAUCUUCUAGCCAGGGGCUGGACUGCACUUUUUCUGCAUCUUCCCAUCCUGAUUCCUCCCUCGUGCAUCUGCCUGCGUUGGCAUCUGGUCGCAUCCACCGCUGAUCAGCGCUGCGCUCGAGGAUAAACACCGAGAAGACGAGACCAUCUCACGGUUACGUACUGCGACACACUCUUUCCAUUUAUCGUACACUACAUUCUGGAUCUAUCGCAUUGUUAAUGCGACACCGAUUUUCUCAUUGAUUUUCAUACAAAUCUACAUCCAUCCACAUUCCUCGCAUCGCUCCGCAUUCCAUUAGAACCACCAAACAGAAACAGCCAGAGUGAGUAAACAACCGCCAAAAUGAUCGGAAGUAUCUUUUUUAUCUUCAACCGCUUGACGGAGAUAACCUUUCUCAUUCCAAUCAUCGGAAUGAUGGCUUACUUCGUCGACGGCUACCUCAAAGCAAACUUGAUAACACCCCCCUUCAUCCUCGUCCUCUUCAUCGUCUCCGUGAUUGCCGUAUUCUGGUGCAUUGACACCCUCAUCCGACACAGCACAACAAAACGCUCAGCGGCCUUCGUCUCCUUCGUCGACCUCCUCUUCGGCGGCGCCUUCAUCGCAGCCGUCUACCAGCUGCGCUUCAUCGCCACUGCCGACUGCGGCGACUGGGACGGCGGCCGCGUGUAUGUCUCCCUGGGCCCCUUUGGCGCCUACGGCCGACAGAGUGGGAACGAUCUCGCGGAUGAUCUGAAUAAGACUUGUCGCAUGCUCAAGACGUGUUUCGCGUUGGGGAUUAUGGAGGUUCUUUUCUUCUUUUGGACGGCGCUUAUUGCUAUCUUUAUGUAUCGGGGGUCAGCGUCAAAAGAGAAGACGGUUGUUAGGGAGACGACGACCGUUCGGAGGAGGAGUCAUUCUAGUCGGAGGGGGCAUGGGAGUGGCGGGCAUUCGAGGAGGCACUCUUCUUCGAGUCGGAGGCCGCAUUAUGUUGUUUGAGUGCGGUCAAGAGAAGUCAUCGGAGGGUGAGAGAGUUGGUAGGGGCUCGGGGAGAUGCUUUUCUUUUGUUUUAUGCCUCUGAUGAGAUAUUAUGCCUUUUACGUUUAUGAUGACGAGUUAUGGAUACGAUAUGCUGGAACUAGAGAGGGAAUGAAGGAAGCCAUGUGUCAAUAGGUUAAUCAACCAAAGGAUAUUUUGAAUUCAAUUUCGUUUGGUCAUCUUUUACUCGAAAGCCAAGUGCUUCUGAUAAACAAGGUGACUUCUUA